GCCCAGCGGGGUCGCGGCCUCGCCCCUGCCCGCGGUCCGCGGCUGCCGCCGGGGCGGAACGGUGCCUUUGCCGCGCUCCCGUCAGAGGCUUCCCGUGCGGCCUCCGCGCAGGCCGCGCCGCCCCGGGGCCGAUCGGGAUCCCGAUUCUCGGGGCCCAGAUCCCGCUUUUCAGGGCCAGGGAGAGCCGCUGGGAUAGAACAACCUGCCUUGCUGCCCCGCGGCCCGAUCCGUGGAGAAAAGGUUGAGCUUUUCAAGUGCGUUACCUGGAGUGAGACUUGAGGUGUCAGUGCUCUGUAGGUUCUUCGCUUGCAAUCACAGAAAACGGUGAGGGUACUGAUCCUUCUAGCUCAUGAUGUAAUGUUAAAAUCAAUGAUUUUUCCGUCCCUUGAAAUAAAAUUAUAGUUCAGAAAAAUAUUUAAUCUCAGGAGAACACAGUUGAUUUGAUCAGGGCCCCUUUUUUCCCCCUCCUUUCACCUCUGGGGCAUGGCACUGACUGCAGAAGAUCCUGGGCCCGCAAGUGCUCUUCAAUUAUGGCAACCCACAUCACAUUCCUUGUUUGCAGCCUUUUCUUCUUCAAGACUGUUUGUCCCAUAUAUAGCUCAAGUGUUUUUGUUUUGUUUCCAGAUAUUUUUGUGCUCUCAGGAGCUGCCAAGUGCAGUGAAAGCCAACUAGCCUGAGACAAAAGAAAAAGAAAUACACCCAUGCAUCCACCUUACUAAUUUUGAUGCUCUAAACCGAAAUUAAUAUCAACUUCUUAUGUUGCUUUCUAGCUUCAAUUUCCAUAGAUUCUUCUUUGCAGUACUUGUAUCACUUGUAUCCGAUUCUGUGUUUUUUCUAUUUUGUGCUAAAGUUUUAAGUGGUUUAAAGUGCUGUCACUCCAUAGGUGAAAAUCUUCUUGAGCUGAUGCAGUUACUACGUUUUGAAGCUGUACAGCCAUCAGCUUCUUAGCUGCUCUGCUCCUGAUACUGAAGAGUCUAGGAUUUUUGUUCAUUGAGACUGUUCAAAAUGAACGAACAUCCUAAAAAGAGGAAAAGGAAGACUCUGCAUCCUUCUCGUUACUCAGAUUCUUCAGGUGCAAGCAGAUACAUAGACAACAGUGGAAUUUUUUCUGACCACUGCUAUAGUGUCUGUUCCAUGAGACAGCCAGAUAUGAACAGAGGUAGAUUCCACAGUCCUGUGCAGAGCCUGGACACAGAUGAUGAUGGGAGUCCGGUGCAUGCCGGGAGCUCUCACUGGAGCGGGGCACAUUCAAAUGCUGGGAUGCACUGUACAGACUCUAAAAAGAAGGAUAAAGAUAAAGGUACUAACAAUGGAAUGUGCAGAGACUUAUGUGACUCACCUAUAUUCAGUGACAGCCCCACAGAAGAAGAGAAACCUCUAGAUAUCCAAACUGUAGAAAUUUCUACAACAGAAGUGAAUGCUGUAGAAGUUCACGAUAUAGAAACACAGACUGUGUCACCUGAGAAGCUGGAAGCUGAGGACCUGGAGGAAAUCCCUCUGGAGACCUGUAAAAUCUUUGAGAAGAACCAGGCUUUGAAUAUCACAGCUCAACAGAAAUGGCCCUUGCUGAGAGCCAACAGCAGCGGCUUGUACAAGUGUGAGCUCUGUGAGUUCAACAGCAAGUACUUCUCUGAUCUAAAGCAGCACAUGAUCCUGAAGCAUAAGACAUGUACAGACACUCACGUCUGUAAAGUUUGCAAAGAAAGCUUCUCCAGCAAAGUGCAGCUCAUUGAACACGUCAAACUACACGAGGAGGAUCCAUACAUCUGUAAAUACUGCGAUUACAAAACGGUGAUUUUUGAGAAUCUGAGUCAGCACAUAGCAGACACUCACUUCAACGACCACCUUUACUGGUGUGAGCAGUGUGAUGUGCAGUUCUCCUCCAGCAGUGAGCUGUACCUGCACUUCCAGGAGCACAGCUGUGACGAGCAGUACCUGUGUCAGUUCUGUGAGCAUGAGACAAACGACCCUGAGGAUCUGCACAGCCACGUGGUCAACGAGCACGCGUGCCGGCUCAUCGAGCUGAGCGACAGCUACAACAACAAGGAGCGUGGCCAGUACAGCCUCAUCAACAAAAUCAGUUUUGACAAAUGCAAAAACUUCUUUGUGUGCCAGGUGUGCGGCUUUAGGAGCAGGCUGCAUACAAAUGUCAACAGGCACGUAGCUAUUGAGCACACCAAAAUAUUCCCUCAUGUUUGUGAUGACUGUGGGAAGGGAUUUUCAGGUAUGUUGGAAUAUUGCAAGCACUUAAGCUCUCAUUUAUCUGAAGGGAUUUACUUGUGUCAAUACUGUGAAUAUUCAACGGGACAGAUUGAAGACCUUAAAACUCAUUUGGAUUUCAGGCAUUCAGCAGAUUUGCCUCAUAAAUGUACUGAUUGUUUAAUGAGGUUUGGGAAUGAAAAAGAUCUUUUAAGUCAUCUUCAGAUACAUGAGACAGUGUGAUUGCUUUCUUUCCCUAUAAUCAAUUUGUUAGAAAUGGAAUUAAUUUCUAGUCACUGGAAUGUGAUAUUAAAUACAAUUUUAACAGCAAUUGUACAUUUCUAAUGUUUUCAUCUUUAUAUCAGCAUAGCAUGUGUAGCGCUUGGUGGUGUGAACUUCCUUGUCUAGGGGUUUCAGUAGGAAUAAUCACAUUUUCAGUGUGAUUAUUUUCAGAUUUUGGGGGGAGGGGCAGUGGGAGUAAUUGCAUGUUGUGAUACCAGUUCUGAUGGUCAUCCCGCUCUUUUUUGUCUAGUGUACAGGACCAGCUCUCUUGAGUUUAAAAAGGCACAAAAACAAAGCAAAUAUCUAAUUGCAUGCUUAAAUAACCCAAUACUGGUCUCAGUUCCACAUCCAGCUCAUGUUACCCUCUGGCAGCAGGUCGUUGCACUGGUGUUUAGCAAUAGCACUAGCCUGCCAAAGAUAAGGGUGUUCCAAAAAUUCCCAGGCAUGGACAUCUCCAAAUUCACAUACCAGCCUUCAUUUCCCACCUCAUGCUCCUGAUAAGCUUUUUAAAUUGUCCUGUUUUUCUCUUGGGGUACCUUUCUGACCUUAUUGUUCACUUUGUUCCAAGUUUAAAUCCCAUCUGUGGGACUGUCCAACACAUGUACAACAUACUCUUCCACACAUGUACUACAUGACUCCCACAUGAUACUCACUUUAUUUACCUUCAGUUCUUGUCUUUUAAUGCACUGAGGAGACACUCAUUGCUUGGAUUUAGAUUGGAUCAUGCUCUAAAGAGUAAUUGCAAAAUGAAUUUGUAGUGAUCCUGCUGAGAAUGUACAAAAUUAAUUUCUUACAUAAAAUCCUAAUUUAUAUCUCACUGAUAUUAUGUAUGUCACCAACCUUUGACUAGAGCAAACCUCUAGUAUCCUAUAUUAUUGUAAUAAUUCUGUAUAUUUAUAAUUAGCUUUCCACCACUAGUAACUUGAGGAAUGUUCUUUUAACUCUGUAAAUUUUAAACUUUUAUAUACAGGCUUAAAACACCACAGUACAUUACAAAAUUUUUACUAAUGACUCUGAAAUUAUUUCACACAUUUGCUUAUAUUAUAUAUAGCACUGUCCUGCCAUUGGAAUCAUUGGAAGUGAAUUUUUACAGUUCAUUAUGUAGCUCUUAUUUCCAAGCGGAUACUUGGACAGAGAAAAACAAGAGUGGGGUCACUUCGAUUAUGCUAGAUACCAUGGUGAAAAUACCCAUAAAUUGCUGGUGGAGUUUACAUUUCUUUGUGCAUUGAUUGUAAAUUUGUAAUGUAAGAUUGUCUAGUGCAAGGUUUAUAUAGAGAUAAUUAAUGUAUCAAACAUUUCUUGAUCAGUGAGAUUUGCUGUUAUCAGCUUCAAGGCAUGCAAGGGUCUUUGGAUUUGAAUCUUAAAGCUAAGGAUAAAACUCGGCUGAAUGUUACCAAUUGAUGGAAGUUCUGAUUUCCAGAGAAGUAUUUCUGGAAAGAGUAUGAACCCAUUAGUGUAUAUUUUGUUGUAGAAGGCAAGACCAUUUCUGUCACUUUGAAAUGCUGAUGUACUACUAAAUCUUGUGUUUUGUCGUUGAAAAGGACAACCUGAGGGUGUCCUGCUGUAUUUUAUUAGUCCCUUGUACAGUAUCUGUGGUAGAAUUCCUGAUUUCCUAUUUUGAACCCAAUCAUCCUGGCUGGCUUUAAAUGGUAGCAAUAAUACAGUUAACAAAACACUAAGAUGAAUUAUUUUAUAUAUGGAAAGUUAAUUUUGUUCAUAUAUCUGAAAGGGGGAAUGCUGGUUCUCUGAAAACUCUGCUCCUGCUGAUGGGUGGAAUGGCACAGCUGAGCUCUGGAGAGAAAGCUGCUCCAGGAGACAGUGACAAGAAGUGGAAAAAGGCAUUUAAAAAAGGCCCAAAAUAAAUAAGGGGGCUUAAGAAGUGUGUAUAUUUGUGUAGACCAGCAUUGUGUCCCCUGCAGGAAAGGUGGUGUCCUGUGCCAGCACAGAGCCCUGUGACACCACAAACUUGCUUGUUGACAUGAAUAACUUCACGGCUUAGACGUCUGAGUUAUUUCUAAUCUCUAAACUGGGAAUCAAAACAAUACCCCACAGGAAUGUUGUGAAGCCAAAUCAUUCCAAACUAAAAUGCAGUGUCUAAACAGGAAAUGUAUCCAAGGUUGUUUUAAGUUGGAUUUUAUAAAUGAGGGACUAAUGUUAGUAUUUUCUUUUUAAUAUCUAUCAGGGAGUAAAUGGAAGUGUACAGGAGUAGCAUAUCUCAUUUUAAAAUUUUAAAAGGGAACACAAGUACACUGCUGGCUUCCAUAUGAAUCUGCAUGUUAAAGCAAGAAAGUUACUAAGUAGUAGGAAAACUAGAUAAUGAGUCUGCCUAGAAUCUGGACGGCUGAAAGGCAUGGCUGAGCAUGCCAAGGACAGCGUGGUGUUCCCAGCAAAGGGAAGACUUUUGGGUUAUUUGUGUGAAGCGCGUAAGUGGAAGGUGAGUGCUCUGACCUGAGCGCAGCUGCUCUGGUACUGCCACACAUCUGCCACCCUGGAGCCUGAGCAGCUCCUCUCGGGCUGGAAUGGCAGAAGCAGACUGUAGGAACCAGGAUUGUGCCAGUAUUUAUUAUUUUUCUCCAAAGCAGUUAAGUAUCAAAUUCUGGUUGUUCACUGGUACCUGCAAGGUUCAGCUGUUUCAGGAACAGCAUUCCAAGCAGAAGCUGUGCGAAAUCAUGAGAUUGGCUUUGGUAGUGUCUUGUACUUGUGAGAAAUGUGUAUUUGAUUCUUUGCUUUUCAGACAUUUGAACCCUUAGUUUCCAUGUGUAACUCGAAUUUAGGGGUAUUUUCCAACCUUAACAAAUCUCUUGUGUGUCAGAUGCCUGGCACAUGUUUCUUAUUGAGAAAAAGAACUUUUUUUAUGUGAAAGAUUGUUGACUUGAAAACAAAGUUUACAUCUCAUAAAUUCAUGCAAGAUCUUAAAAUACAGUGGAUUAGUAAUCCUCAA